UGUGGUCCCCACCAUCUCCCUCUCUCCACUUCUUGUUUUUUUUGUUUGCUCUCACCAAGUGUUUGUUUGUUUGCCUGAUUCAAUUUUCCUUGUUAAUUGUUGUUGUCCUAAUACGAUGAGAUAAUCAAAACCCAUUAUUCAUUCCCUUCGUUUCUGACGGAAAUUGGUCUCCUGCUUUGGUUGUGUGUCCAUCUCACGUUCACACUUGCCUGCUACAUGUUUCUCCAGUUGUCACCCUUCCUCACUCUAUUUUACUCCUUUUUCUUGGAAAGUAGAAACAAGGGGUCGCAUUUUUUUUUCCUCUAGGGGAAGGAAACAGAGAAAAGUUUAAAGAUACCGACUUUUAACUGAAACAGAAUGUGGGUGUUUGCAAGCAAGGCUUUUUAAGUCAGUAAAGCCACUUUCUUCGUUUCAUCUAUGAAAUCAUAGAUAACUUGAUCCCGUGCUACUACCCCAGCUGCAUUUGCUUUAUUGUUAUUCUUUUUGCUUCAGGAGUGGAAUCUACGUAUGAAAGUUGAAAUCUUUGUUUCAUUUUCUGGUGGAGGAAAAUUGUUUUGAAGCUGACUUGGCAUUCAGAUCUGCAUCUGGCCUUGAGCGUGGCGUACAUCCAGACAUUCUCACUGAUCAAGUUGGAAUAAGGUAUCUGCUUUCGUGCCAACAAGUCUUAAUUGUGUGGAAGGAGUGCUUCUGUGUUGAAGUGGUAGCCCGUUUCAGUGUUUUAAGUUUGGAGGUCUAAUAUGCUUGUGAGAAAGAGAGGUUCUUGAAUCUGAGUAAUUAGGUCUGAGAGGAAGGUGAUUCUUUGUUGGGGCUAGAUAUGGCCUCUAGUCAAGGGAGGCGGCAUCACCAUGAUCUUGUGCCUCUUGCUGCAUUGCUGAAGAGAGAGAUGAAGAGUGAGAAGAUGGAGAAACCCACCGUGAGGUUUGGGCAUGCUGCUCAGUCCAAGAAAGGGGAGGAUUACUUUCUAAUUAAGACUGAUUGUCAGCGAGUGCCUGGGAACUCUUCAUCAUCCUUUUCUGUAUUUGCGGUGUAGCAAUGGCCUUUUCAGAUUGUAAUCCUGAAUUGUGAGCUAAUAUGAAUGUCCUUUUGGAUGGAAGCACAUGAUCCUAUGAGAUGGUCACCCAUUUAUUCUGGUUCACAGAUCUUUGAUGGGCACAAUGGAAAUGCUGCUGCCAUUUUUACCAGGGAGCAUUUGUUAAAUCAUGUGCUGGGUGCUCUCCCUCGCGGGCUUGGACGAGAUGAGUGGAUACAAGCUUUACCUAGGGCGUUGGUUGCUGGGUUUGUUAAGACUGAUAAGGAAUUCCAGAGCAGAGGGGAAACUUCUGGAACCACAGCUACGUUUGUAAUAGUGGAUAGAUGGACUGUGACUGUUGCAUCUGUUGGAGAUUCCCGUUGUAUACUGGAUACCCAGGGUGGUGCUGUUACCACCUUAACUGUUGAUCACAGACUUGAAGAAAAUAUUGAAGAGAGGGAACGUGUAACUGCUAGUGGAGGUGAAGUUGGGAGGCUUAGCAUUGUUGGUGGUGCUGAGAUUGGUCCCCUUCGAUGCUGGCCAGGGGGUCUAUGCCUUUCUAGGUCAAUAGGAGACAUGGAUGUUGGGGAGUUCAUAGUUCCGAUACCAUAUGUCAAACAAGUGAAGCUAUCAAAUGUUGGCGGGAGGCUUAUAAUUGCUUCUGAUGGAAUAUGGGAUGCUCUAUCCUCAGAAAUGGCUGCAAAAUCUUGCCGAGGUUUGCCUGCAGAACUUGCUGCUAUGCAGGUUGUCAAGGAAGCACUAAGAACAAGGGGGUUAAAGGAUGAUACGACUUGCAUAGUUGUUGACAUAAUCCCACCUGAUAAUGAGUUGCCACCAACACCUCCCCCAAAAAAGCGGAACAAGCUGAGAGACCUUCUGUUCAGGAAGAGGUCCCGGGAUUCUGCCGGUAAGCUGUCAAAAAAGCUUUCAGCUAUAAAUAUAGUGGAGGAACUGUUCGAAGAAGGAUCAGCAAUGCUUGCUGAAAGAUUAGGAAAUGAUGACAACUUGAACUCAGGACAAUCAACAUCUGGGCUUUUUGUCUGUGCUGUAUGCCAAGUUGAUCUUGCUCCAAGUGAAGGCAUCUCUGUCCACGCAGGUUCCAUCUUCUCCACCAGUGCAAAACCCUGGCAAGGUCCUUUCCUAUGUUCUGAUUGUCGCGAUAAGAAGGAUGCUAUGGAAGGAAAACGUCCCAGCGGAGUUAAAGUAUCAUAGGUUCAAAAUUGGAGUAGUCCUAUUCUUUAUGCUAUCAUUCACUUUGUAAUCACAAUUUAUAUAGGCCAAGUAAUUGGUUGAAUCUCACUGUCAAGUAGCAACAAGAGAUGUACAUGUGAUAUCCACGAAUUCAUGUAAAAUGGGAAAUUGCAUUUGAAUAGCAAAGGCUGGGAGCUGGGAGAGCCUGGACUGAGUUUUUGGGGGUCUGCAGGUUGUCAUCUCUGUCUAAUUGUCAAAGAGUUGGAUGGUUAAGAUCAGUGCCAGGUUGAUUCUUUUGUAUAUUAGUUUUGUGUUGCUAAAUUUACCACAAAAGUGGGUAUCAUCUUUGAUCACGUGGGCAUCAUUGCAUGCUACCUUCACCCCAGAUUCCUGUAUAUAAACUUCCAUAACCUUUUCAGCCCUGGGGAUUAGAAACUGCAAAUCUUUACGAUGGAUUGAAAAAUCAUUCAUUUAAAUUUAGGAAUUGCUUG